CCGCCUCGCCUCUGAGCCCCGUUCUGCGCAUGCUCCGCUCAGAGUUUAGGGUGGGAGAGUUAGCCGUUAGCACGGAAAGCUAACAGCCGGAGUGUGUAAUGGCGGCCUCGGUGUUGUUGGGGUCUGCGGACAACACCGGACUCAGCUUCACGGUGGGAAGCGGCGGCGCCGGAAGUGUGUUAGGGCGGAACAAUCACGGGUUGGGUCCGGCGGGGCCGGCGCCCUGGAACCGUUCUCUGGACCGGGCGCUGGACGAAGCCUCGGCCACCGGGUGUCUGAACCUCAGCGGCAGGAAGCUGAAGGAGUUCCCCCGGAGCGCCGCUAACCACGACCUGACGGACACGACGAGGGCCGAUCUGUCUCGUAACCGCCUGGCGGAUCUUCCUCUGGACGUGUGUGUCUUCGUGUCUCUGGAGAGUCUGAACCUGUAUCAGAACUGUGUGAGGUCUCUGCCCGACAGUCUGCUCAACCUGCAGGCCCUCACCUACCUGAACCUCAGUCGGAACCAGCUGUCUGUCCUCCCUGUGGUCGUCUGCAGUCUUCCUCUGAAGGUUUUGAUCGCCUGCAACAACAAACUGGUUUCUUUACCAGAGGAAGUUGGACAACUGAGACAUCUCACUGAGCUGGACGUGAGCUGUAACGAGAUCCAGACGUUACCGUCUCAGGUGGGUCAGCUGGAGUCGCUACGAGACCUGAACAUCAGGAGGAACCAUCUGGUCCGACUGCCUCCAGAGUUGGCUGAACUUCCUCUGGUGCGUCUCGACUUCUCCUGUAACAAAGUGACGUCCAUCCCCGUCUGCUACCGACGACUCGCUCAGCUGCACACCAUCGUCCUCGACAACAACCCCCUGCAGAGCCCACCUGCACAGAUUUGUAUUAAAGGGAAGGUCCACAUAUUUAAGUAUCUGAACCUGGAGGCAAGUAAGACGACCCCCGACCUUCCAGACUACGACAGACGACCUCUGACCUUCAGCUCCUGUGGUGACGAGCUGUAUCCAGGACGACCGUACGGAGCGCUGGACUCCGGCUUCAACAGCGUCGACAGCGGAGACAAGAGGUGGUCGGGCAACGAGCCCACAGAGGAGCUGUCGGAGUUGACACAGAGAGUGGCGGAGAUCAGCAGAGAGCAGAGACAGAGGGCGGCGGCGGGGGCUGGAGCUCCGCUGCUGCCCAACGGAACACACGUGGAGCUGGAGCAGAUCGACUUCAUCGACAGCUGUGUGGGGGAGGAGGAGGAGGAGGAGGAGCGGCGGAGUCGAGGAGGGGGCCGGGACAGUGCCAGCCUCAGCUCACAGUUCAUGGCGUACAUCGAGAGACGCAUCACCAGAGAGGGUUCUCCAGUCAAAACACACCCGUCCAGGACGGAGGACACGAGGAGACACAUCAGGAGUGUGGUCGAUGGUGUCACAGCGCCCUCUACCUCCCACAACCAGACUGACUGGACUGCCCCCCACCCACAGAGAGAAGGAGGGGUGGAGAAGGUGAGGAGGGAGGCUCAUCUCGCAGCUCUGAGGUACGACGAGGAGAGACAGAAGAACCGCUCUGUCCCUAGUUCCACCAAGCAUAAAGCAGCUCAGAGUCCAACAAAGUCCAGUCCCGACAGUGAGACCGUCUACCCCUCCAGACACUCCACCCAUACAGAUGACUCCGCCCUCUUCAUGGGUGAGGACAGAGCAGCUCUGUUUUCGACAGCCAAUCAGUCGCCUUCCUACCCCAGUUCAGGCGGCGGGUCCUCCUGUCGGACAGCCAGUCUGAGACCAGAGAGCUUCCUGUUUCGCCUCGGCCAGAAAGAAGAGAAGAGGAAAGGUGACGCUGCUGCUGCUCCUCACAACCAGGAGGAGGCUCCUGCUGCUCCUCCUCUGGUCGGAGAAGAAGCUGAGCUGGUGGAGCAGCUGAGGAAGAACAUCGAGGCUCGCCUCAAAGUGUCGUUGCCCAGCGACCUGGGAGCCGCUCUGACAGAUGGGGUCGUGCUGUGUCACCUGGCCAAUCACGUGAGACCGCGGUCCGUCCCCAGCAUCCACGUCCCCUCCCCCGCCGUGCCCAAACUCACCAUGGCCAAGUGUCGACGCAACGUAGAGAACUUCCUGGAAGCGUGUCGCAGGAUCGGAGUCCCACAGAGUCAGUUGUGUCUUCCUCUUCACAUCCUGGAGGAGCGAGGGCUCCCCCAAGUGGCCGGGACCGUCAGCACCCUGCUCGACCUCGCCCCGCGCCGACAUCCCGUCACCACCACGACCAAGACAUCAUGAACCACACCCGGACCUUCUGUCACCGUGUAGACGGCGCUAACACCACCACCCUCGUCGUCAUCCUCUUCAUCAUUGCACACGCUCAGUCCGCCUCAGGAAACGUACAACCUCAUGAGUUUAGAUAAAUCAACAUCUGAUGGAGACGAACAGCUAAAAAACAGUAACAGAGCUCAGGUUUUAUCUCUGAAUGAUCCGACGCAAAGUGAAACUAAAGUCACUAAAGUGACUGGCAGCUCAGCCAAUCACAACGUAAGAGCAGCAACGUAAGAGCACGUUGUGAU